AUGUUCUCUUCUGUCAUGUUCAUAGAAAACGGCACCAUCCGUUUGUACGCGUUGCGGAACCAAUAUGGCGUCAAGACAAGUUAUGGACAGAACCAUUAUGGCGUCAAGACAAGUUAUGGACAGAACCAAUAUGGCGUCAAGACAAGUUAUGGACAGAACCAAUAUGGAGACAAGACAAGUUAUGGACAGAACCAUUAUGGCGUCAAGACAAGUUAUGGACAGAACCAAUAUGGAGACAAGACAAGUUAUGGUCAGAACCAAUAUGGCGUCAAGACAAGUUAUGGUCAGAACCAAUAUGGCGUCAAGACAAGUUAUGGACAGAACCAUUAUGGCGUCAAGACAAGUUAUGGUCAGAACCAUUAUGGCGUCAAGACAAGUUAUGGACAAAACCAUUAUGGCGUCAAGACAAGUUAUGGACAGAACCAUUAUGGCGUCAAGACAAGUUAUGGACAGAACCAUUAUGGCGUCAAGACAAGUUAUGGUCAGAACCAUUAUGGCGUCAAGACAAGUUAUGGUCAGAACCAUUAUGGCGUCAAGACAAGUUAUGGACAGAACCAUUAUGGCGUCAAGACAAGUUAUGGUCAGAACCAUUAUGGCGUCAAGACAAGUUAUGGUCAGAACCAUUAUGGCGUCAAGACAAGUUAUGGUCAGAACCAAUAUGGCGUCAAGACAAGGUAUGGACAGAACCAAUAUGGCGGCAGGACAAGUUAUGGUCAGCCUUAA